ACCCAUUAAUUUUUCCUGUGAGGAAUGGCUACCGAUAUAGUGAUACCAUCAGAAAGGGAACUGUCUCGUUCUGAAGAAGAAGAAGCUUUGUUAAGGAAAAUAAGGCAAGAGAAAGAACAACUAUGGUAUGAAAUACAGGAUUUGCGUCGUCAGAUAAUAGAAAUUGACAAUGAUCUUGCUGCCUUGGAUGAGGCUAACGACGAAGAAGUACGUCAAGCGAAAGAGAAACAAAGGUUGACUAGAACAGGGAGGAAUAAGUUUAAUGCCAAUCCAAAGGAUGGUAUCAAAUAUUUACAAAUGCAUAAUUUACUGGGCGAGAGUAGCGAAGAGAUAGCUCAGUGGCUAUUUAAAGGAGAACUUCUUAGUAAACGAUCGAUAGGAGAUUACCUUGGUGAAGGGAAAGACUUCAAUGUCGAAGUUCUUAAAAAGUUUAUAGCACUACAUGAUUUCAAAGGAAAACUAUUAGUAGAUGCUAUAAGAGCUUUUUUGGGUAGCUUUCAUCUUCCGGGAGAAGCACAAAAAAUUGAUCGUAUUAUGGAAAUAUUUGCUGAGAGAUAUCUCUUUUGUAAUCCUGAUGGUGCCCUCAGUGAUAAAGAUACUAUUUAUGUACUGUCAUUUUCGGUUAUUAUGUUGCAUACAAGUCUCCACAACCCAAGUGUUAAGGACAAACCAUCAAUUGAAACCUUCAUUAGUAUGAAUAGAGGCAUUGAUAAUGGGAAAGAUUUACCUUCUGAGCUUUUAACAGAAUUUUAUGAAAACGUUAAAAAGGAGGAAUUUAAAGUUCCGGAUAGUGAAGGAGGGGGUGGAUUAGCUGAGACUUUUUUCAAUCCAGAGAAGGAAGGAUGGUUGACAAAAGAAGGCGGCAAAUACAAGAGCAAACAUCGGAGAUGGUUUAUUUUAAAGGAGAAUAUGUUGUAUUAUUUCAAACAACCUUCAGAUAGUGAUCUAAUUGGUAGCAUUCCUCUUGAUCCAGAAUUGAGUGUUAGAAUUGUUGAGGAUCCUAAAGCACCAGCUAAUUGUUUUGAAAUAUACUCUGAAACUGGUGUCAUUAAGGCAUGGAAGAAAGACUCUGAUGGAAAAACUGUGAAAGGUAAUCAUGAUGUCUAUCGACUUGUAGCUGGAUCAGCUGAAGAACGAGAUGAAUGGAUCAAAUGUAUUCAAGUUAAUUUACAACCAAGCUCUGUUUAUGACUCUUUGACUCAACGUCGUCGUAAGAUUACUGGUGUGCAGGGUUUAAAUAUUCCAGAAAUGAACUAGUGUGUAUGUAGUUGCAAAUCAAGUCACAAUAUUCACUGAGUGUUAUAAGCAUUGUUUUGUAGUGACCAAUCUUAAAAA